AAGAUAUUCGACAACCGAGGUUGUGAUUGCCAAAGUGUCAAAGUUUGAAGAAAUGCAAAAAUCAUUCACGUUCUCUUUUGCACUUGUCGUUUCCGAGCGUAAAGAGAAUUUCGCGCACAAAUUACAGUCUGAAUGUUUCAUUCCGCCACUCCAAGUAAUUCUUCGAGGUACGAAUAACCAUGGUGAAAUACAGCGAAUUGAGAGGGAAGCAAUCAUUUGGAACUCCACGGAAAUAUUUAUUUGGUGGACUCAGGAAUGUUUUAAUUAAUGGGGGGACAACUCCUGGAGAGGAAAAGAACAAAUCAACUACCGAUCGAGUUGACUGGGCUAUCUUUUCCCUGAAGUCACAGAUUUUCCAAGGAAAGUUCUCUCUUUGUUUCUUGUCAGAAACACUUCUCGUAGGCAUAUUUCGAAUUGCAAUCUACACUUUUUGUAUUUUCUAGGAAAAUUCGGUAGUGAGAAUCAAAUGUCAUUCGUUGGAGGAGAAUUAGCGUCGGUCUUUGUAGAUUUUUGGUUAUUGAUGGAGAAUCCAGAAGUAGGCUCUGCUGUUGGAUAUUUGGAAUUGGCUUGGCUUUAACAGGGGAUGAGAAACUUCUAUUUCAUGGGCAACUCAUUUUUUCCGUCUUCGUGUUAGACACUGAAUUUCACGAAAUUUGAUUAAUUUCAUAUUCAUUAGCUCGGAAACAGGUUAUGCUGGUUUGAAGUUAGCUAUCCCCUUUUCUUCCUACUCAUAGAUCAUUGUAUUAGGUUGGUGAAUCUUGGGUUAGUGGAAUUCUAACAGUUGCAACCAAACGUUUUGAAAUUCGGGAGAUUUCAUUGUUGGUGGUUAUUUGUUUGGUUAAAACUAGGAAUUUGGUGCUGGAUAGGUCGCUUUUCCACCCAUACUUUUAUGUGUUAUUUUUAAAUGCACUUGAAGUUCAUCAUCAUCUCUGAUGUGCAGUUCCGUUUUUAAGGAGCUUUUUGGAGCCACAACGUCGUCAAUUUCUUAGAAUUGAUUCCUCAGUUUUAAAUUGAAACAUUUGAAUGUCAUGAAACUUUUAAGUGCUGUGGUAAACUCCUUUGGAUGUUCGGCAUCUGGGGAACGUUUAGUGUCAGCUGCAAGAGAUGGAGAUUUCCAAGAAGCACAGGCUCUGUUGGAAUAUAAUCCCCGAUUGGCACGAUACUCUACUUUUGGCGUGCGCAAUUCCCCCCUCCAUUACUCUGCAGCUCACGGACAUCAUGAGAUAGUCUAUCUCUUGCUUCAGUCAGGAGUCGACGUUAAUUUAAGGAACUAUAGGGGUCAGACUGCUUUGAUGCAAGCUUGUCAACAUGGUCACUGGGAAGUUGUUCUGAUUUUAGUACUUUUUAGAGCCAGUAUCCAUAAAGCAGAUUAUUUGAAUGGAGGGACUGCAAUCCAUCUUGCUGCUUCAAAUGGUCAUUCCAGGUGCAUCAGGCUUCUUCUUGCUGAUUAUAUUCCGAGCAUAGCUAACUUUAGGAAUAUAAUGAGUAAAAUAACAGACAAUGAAGAAUCAACCUCUGGUUUUGAUCAUAGGGCCUUGUCUCAGGUUAUUAACCAACCAGCUGAUGGAGGCAUAACCGCUCUACACAUGGCAGCCCUUAAUGGACAAGUUGGAAGCGUGCAGUUACUUUUGGAUUUAGGGGCAUCUGUUUCUGAGGUGACUGUGGGCGAUGGAACAGUAAUUGAUCUAAUAGGUGCUGGGAGCACAGCUCUUCAUUAUGCUGCAUGCGGUGGCAAUGCAAAAUGUUGUCAACUUUUGAUCGCCAGGGGUGCUAGUCUGACCAUUGAAAAUGCAAAUGGUUGGACACCUUUGAUGGUCGCUCACUCGUGGCAUAAAAGCUGGCUUGAGGACAUUCUCAGCUCCGAGCCUGUUGGCCAGCCAAAACUGAUUCUUUCUCCUUACCUAUCUCUGCCCCUGAUGAGCAUUGUGCAAAUUGCUAGAGAUUGUGGAUGGAGUACUAAAUCAGCACUCGGAUGCCAGGAUCCAUGCGUUGUCUGUUUGGAGAGGAAGUGUGCCGUAGCUGCUGAAGGUUGUGAUCAUGAAUUCUGCACAAGAUGUGCCUUAUACCUUUGUUCCACAAACUGCGGCAGCACCACUGCUCGUGGCCCUCCAGGUUCAGUUUCUUGUCCCCUCUGCCGGAAUGGCAUAGUGUCAUUCGUGAAGCUUCCCGAAAAGUCACCCGUCGUUAAAGAGAUUGUAAGGACAAGUUUGUCACUUUCAUCAACAUGUCAAUGUUCCCACGACUCACCAUUAAAAUCUACCUCCUUAACAACCCAGCUCCGAACGCUCGAGUUGUGUCGCACCCACGAUUCUCCUCUAGGACUUCCCUUUCGCUGCCAGAGAUUUCCAUCAAUAAAAUUCAACUCCAAUCUGUGCCGGGAAACCCCAGAUAUAUGCCAUUCUCUAGUUCCACGCUAUGCCCACUGGAACUUGCGCAACCACUUGGCCAGAUGUUCAAGGCCAGGAUUCUAGCAGUCAACUUCUCACGCCGACAGCAGAAGCUCAUCGAUAUGUAAAUGCUGAGUAUUUGGGUCCUGUUUAUGUUUCUUCUAAUCUUUCUUUUCAUGUAAAUAGUUGGACUUUUACUGUCAUUUGCAGUAUAUAUGCGUCAGGCAGGCCAUUGUGUCAGGGAGAUGCCGUGUACAUAAAGAAUUAUUUAGAUCUUCUAUUUCAUCAUUGGUAUGAAAACAUUAUGAAAUAUGGCUUGAUGUUUAAUGACACUAUUACACUUACAUUAAAAA